AUUCCACUGAAGAAUCUGCUGGAAGCAUAUACAUGUGAAUUUUCUGCAUGAAGCCUCUCAAACUGGAUUAUGUAAUAAUGCCAGUAUCCUCUGACUCUGUUUUGAUCCUUAAAAAUGAUUAGGGUUGUAUAUGAAAUUUAACCCAUUUCUGAUGAGUGGCCUAGACAUGAGUUUACAUCGGCAAAUGGGCUCCGAUCGGGACCUCCAGUCUUCUGCUUCCUCUGUGAGCUUGCCGUCUGUUAAAAAGGCACCAAAGAAAAGAAGAAUUUCAUUGGGCUCCCUUUUUCGGAGGAAAAAAGAUACAAAACGCAAGUCCAGGGAUUUAAAUGGAGGUGUGGAUGGAAUUGCAAGUAUUGAAAGUAUUCAUUCAGAGAUGUGUACAGACAAGAACUCUAUUUUCUCCACAUGUACCUCUUCUGACAACGGAACAACCUCUAGCAGCAAACCAAGUGGAGACUUCAUGGAAUGCCCCUUGUGCCUUUUGCGGCACUCCAAGGACAGGUUCCCAGAGAUAAUGACUUGUCACCAUAGAUCUUGUGUGGAUUGCUUGCGUCAAUACCUCCGGAUAGAAAUCUCCGAGAGCAGAGUUAAUAUUAGUUGUCCGGAAUGCUCAGAACGAUUUAAUCCUCAUGAUAUUCGUUUGAUAUUGAAUGAUGACAUCUUGAUGGAAAAAUACGAAGAGUUUAUGCUUAGGCGAUGGCUGGUUGCAGAUCCUGAUUGCAGGUGGUGUCCAGCUCCAGACUGUGGAUACGCUGUGAUUGCUUUUGGAUGUGCCAGCUGUCCCAAACUGACGUGUGGACGAGAAGGCUGUGGAACCGAGUUUUGCUACCACUGUAAGCAGAUUUGGCAUCCAAACCAGACCUGUGAUGCUGCUCGCCAGGAGAGAGCUCAAAGCCUGCGCCUGAGAACAAUUCGUUCUUCAUCUAUUAGCUACAGCCAGGAAUCUGGAGCGGCAGCUGAUGACAUAAAGCCAUGCCCACGCUGUGCUGCUUAUAUAAUAAAAAUGAAUGAUGGAAGCUGCAAUCAUAUGACUUGUGCUGUCUGUGGCUGUGAAUUCUGUUGGCUGUGUAUGAAAGAGAUCUCAGAUUUACAUUAUUUAAGCCCAUCAGGUUGCACAUUCUGGGGAAAGAAACCAUGGAGCCGUAAGAAGAAAAUACUCUGGCAACUGGGGACGCUUGUUGGAGCUCCUGUAGGAAUCGCCUUAAUAGCUGGCAUUGCUAUUCCUGCUAUGAUUAUUGGAAUUCCUGUGUAUGUAGGACGUAAG